CCCUUCCUCGAAACAACGAAGGGGGGAACCAGCUGAGGGCCGCAGCAACAGUCAGCAGCAGGCGGAUUGACGGGAGGAGGUGGGGAACGGUGACGGAGAGUCGGAGCCAGCGAGAUCCACCCAGCUAAAGGAAAGUAAAAAUGCAAACUCACAAACACAAACAUUGGCACCUAUUCCGGACAUUAAAUGUCAUAUUGUUUCCCCCACUGAUGAGGAAAACGUUCUGAAUGCAAUCUCUUAUUUAGAACAAAAGCAACAUAUAGAAAGUAUUCCUACUUAUGCAAUGUUGUCAUCUGAUGCUUAUAAGAAAUUACCAACGAUCACUUUAAAUGUGCAGGGGAAAGAUGUGGAGUUUUUGGUAGAUUCGGGGGCAACUAAUUCUGUACUUCAGAAGUCGUUGUUUCCGGAUCAAAAGCUUUCAGGUAGAAUUAUUCUGUGCAGAAGUGCAAGUGGAGCAAUUGUCCCAGAAAGGUUUUCAUCCCCAAUGUCGUGUGUGCACAGUGACCCAAAUGAUUCAGAGCCAGGGAAAAGAGCAAAAUGUUCAUUUUUGCUCUCUCCUCUGUGUCCAGUAAAUUUGCUAGGCAGGGACCUCAUGUUACGUUUUGGUGUGGGAGUGAUCCCCACUGCAACAGGACUGAAGGUCGUAAGAUUAGAUAUCACUACUCAGGAUGACUCAUUGUUUUCACAGAGCGCACAUGGCUCCCAGCUCGUAUUUCAGUGGGCUAUUCCCCAGGCUCAUGCAGCAGGCCUGCUGCAUGAGGCCAGAAACUUGAUCUCUCCUUUUGCUGAGUUCAGAGAGGAACAUGACUUACACUGCACUUGUUUUGUUUCCUCGCAACGGGAUGACAUGUUUGUUGAAGACUUUUUCGAAGAAGAGGCUGAUGAGCUUGAGUGUAUUUACUUAUACUGGCAUGAAAACAAAUGUGCAGUAGCUGUAAACUUGACUGAAAAACAGAAGGUGUUUUUCAGAGUUCAACAUUCACAUGCUCAUAUUUCUUUGUCCAAAUCUCCUACAGAUCAGUGGAGAAACUUGGGACAGUUUGUCCUGGACUGUGACCAGCUGACUGACUGGACUGAAACCGUGGAAGGGAAUGUGUACACCUCCCCCUCCACGGGAGCUUAUCGGAAGCUCCUAUCACAACGAGUGACAGCCACGCGCAGUGUGUUCCAGCGGAAAGAAGCUGAAACACACACACACACGUUUUUGAAUAACUCUGUGAUUGUUUCACCCUCAGAUAUCUCUCCAUUGCUGUCCCGUGUGCCGGGUCACCUGUGGGCAGCGCAUAAGUAUGACGUGGGGCUCAUAAAAAAUUGUCAGCCCGUCGUCAUUACUCCUCGCUCAGAUUUCAGGCCAAAGAAACAUCAGUACCCACUGAAACAAGAAGCAAUUAAUGGAAUCAGGCCGGUUUUUAACUCCCUUUUGAAAGCAGGGGUUAUUGUUCCGUGCCCUGACUCACCCGUUCGCACGCCUAUUUUCCCUGUCAAGAAAAUCCGUGAUAAGGGAAAACCGGUCGAAUGGCGUUUUGUCCAAGACCUCAAAGCAGUAAAUGCCGCGGUCCACGCACGUGCUCCCAACGUCCCUAACCCCUACACCAUAUUGCAGGGAAUUCCAGGGGGGGCACAGUAUUUUUCUGUUGUUGAUUUGUCUAACGCUUUUUUCAGUGUUCCAGUGGACAAAGACAGCCAGUUCUGGUUUGCAUUCCUGUUUGAUGAUGAAGGUGAGCCGCACGACUGUUUGGCUGAGUUGCAACACACCUGUGCGCCGCGACCAGAUCUGACGGACACACCGGUGCCGAACUCAGAUCGGGUGUUGUAUGUGGAUGGGUCAGCCUCACGCUGCCCUGACACCGGACAGGGACAGCUGGAUCGUUUUAGGACUAUCGGCAAUAACCCAAACAAUGUCCAGCCCUACUCUGGGUCCUCCACACUAGACCAGAUGUGA